AUGAUAAAGCAUCCGUUAAAUGAGUUUUUGGAACUGGAUGAACUGGAGCUGGACUCUAGAGAAUCGAAUAUGCAGCUUAAAAAGUCAAGACAUGAAUUUAAACGAGACCUAAAAAAAAAAGAGAGAACACAAGAAUUUACAGUAAAAUCUGAAACAUUUCACGAUCAAGAAAAUUACCCCGAAGACUAUGCUCCAGAUUAUAUGAGCUUUGACGUAGGCGGCUCUAUAUUGAGUACCAGUGAAAGUAGUGGUAUGAAAAAUGUCCAAGAAGCUGAGGUUGCAAAACAAGAAAACAAUUUAGAUAGGUCUCUAUUUGAAACAAGCUCAACGUCCAUAGGUCUCUCAAUUAUGAAGAAGAUGGGUUUUGAGAUUGGAACAUCUUUGGGAAGACUGGGAUUUGAUAGACAAAAUCUGAAUCUAGAACCGGUAAGGCUUCGACCUAAGGUGGAUAAAGCUGGCCUUGGAGCUACUGGGAACAAGUUCGACGAAAACUUGAAUACUGAAAAAUAUAGAGACCGAAGGAUUAAAGAGAAAAAAGUCUGUAAAUUAAAUCGUGACAUUUGCGAGUUAUCUAAAAUAUGUUUUGAAAUUAGUGGUGACUUAGAUAGACUUUUCAAUGAUCCAACUUCUUUUGAUAUCGAGGAAAUAAAUCCAUUAUGGAAAGACUAUGCAUUCGAACGCAAAAUAGCAGAAACUAAAAGCUCUUCAAAAAUUGGGCACCUGUUGGGUGAAAGCGAAAAUAAUGACCAAGCUAACAUCAUAGUAAAAGACAGCUCUGAAGAAGAUGUCGAGGAAAAAUUAAUGUCGCUUCUAAACUUCUUGAGACGAGAACACUUUUAUUGCUGGUAUUGUGGAGCAUAUUUUCUUGAUGAGCGUGAUAUGGAUUCUAGCUGCCCUGGUAUUUCGGAGCAACAUCAUUUAUUGUUAUAA